AUGGCCCAUGCGAAUACUCAGAAAAAGAAGAAAAAAGAUAAUAAUAUUAAUAAUAAUAAUAAUAAUAUCAAUAACAAUUCUAACAAAGCCAAGCAGCCAGAUUCGACGGCUGAACCGAAGUACUCCAAGGCGGCUCGAAGAUUCUAUAAUGAGAAUUUUAGGGAGCAACCGCAGCGGCUAGCGAAGGUGCUCGCAGCUUCCGGAGUGGCAUCAAGGAGAAGUAGUGAAGAGCUGAUUUUUCAAGGCAAGGUGACUGUCAAUGGCUCUGUCUGCAACACACCCCAGACCAGGGUUGAUCCAGCCCAGGAUGUGAUAUACGUUAAUGGAAGCCGACUAGCCAAGAAACUUCCUCCGAAGGUUUAUCUUGCUUUGAACAAGCCAAAAGGUUACAUAUGCUCAGCAGGAGAAAAGGAGACUAAGUCAGUGAUAUCUCUAUUUGAUGAUUUUAUGAAAAGUUGGAAUAAACGAAAUCCCGGAAUACCAAAGCCACGACUCUUUACAGUUGGUCGCCUUGAUGUUGCCACAACUGGGUUGAUCAUCGUGACAAAUGAUGGGGAAUUCUCACAUAAGCUUUCACAUCCUUCAUCCAAUUUAUCAAAAGAGUAUAUUGCAACUAUUGAUGGUGUGGUCAAUAAGCGGCACUUACUUGCACUCAGUGAGGGAACAGUCAUAGAAGGUGUCCAUUGCACCCCUGAUGUAGUGGAGUUACUACCACAGCAGCCAGAUAUUUUGAGACCUAGACUCCGGAUUGUGGUUCAUGAGGGAAGAAACCAUGAAGUGCGGGAACUUGUUAAAAAUGCUGGACUUCAGAUUCAUGCAUUAAAGCGUGUAAGAAUUGCUGGUUUUAGGCUUCCAUCUGAUCUUGCGCUUGGGAAGCAUGUUGAAUUAAGCCCAUCUAAUUUCAGGGCACUUGGUUAUAAGGAACUCGGCGCGGUGCUCACAGCUAAUAGGGUAGAGAAAGAUGGUCUCCAACAUUGGUACUCUCCAGCUGCUGCUGCGACGACGAGUUUAUUUGUGAGGGGAGACUAG